UGAAACAAUAAUUAGAUCUAUUCGUUGAUGGUUCUGCUGAGGCUGAGCUGAAACUGCCAUCAUGUCAGGGGAAGAAAAAGUCACCCUGACAAAUGCUCUAGAGAACGUUGAUGUUCUUGAUGACUUGCCGUUGCCUGACCAACAACCUUGCAUAGAGGCUCUGUCCCUCUCUGUCCACUAUCGUGCCAACUUUGACACAAACUUUGAGGACAAGAAUGCUUUUGUUACUGGUGUGGCAAAAUAUAUGGAACAGGCCACAGUUCAAGCAGACCUGAACUUGCUGUUAGAGAAAGGAGAAGAGUAUGCAGUGAUGCUGUAUACCUGGCGCUGCUGCUCGCGUGCUAUCCCACAGGUCAAAAGCAAUGAACAAGAAAAUCGUACUGAAAUUUACCAAAAGACGGUAGAGGUCCUUGAGCCACAUGUCAACAAACUGAUGCAGUUUAUGUUCUUCCAGAAAAAAGCCAUAGAUCUGUUUUGUGAGGAAGUGAAGCGUCUAUGCCACAAGGAAAAGCGGACAGACUUUGUGUCAGAAGCGUACCUGCUGACCCUGGGCAAGCUCAUUAACAUGUUUGCUGAGCUGGAUGAGCUGAAGAACAUGAAAGCCAGUGUGCGCAACGACUACUCAGCCUACCGGCGUGCUGCACAGUUUCUGAAGGUCAUGUCAGAUCAACAGGCCAUGCAAGACUCGCAGAAUCUCUCCAUGAAUCUGGCCACUCAGAACAAGAUUCGAGAUACGCUCAAGUCCCGCCUUGCAGAAAUUCCAGGUUAUGAUGAACUGCUGGCUGAUGUCGUCAACAUCUGCCUAAUGAUGUAUGAUAGGGACAUGUACCUGGAACCAUCGGAGAAACAUAUGCUAGUCAAGGUGAUGGCUUUCGGCUUGUUCCUGAUGGACAUGGAAAAAGGACCAAACAUUUACAGAAUGAAUGACAAAAAGAGGAUCAACUUGGCACGCAUUGAUAAAAUUCUCAAGCAACUAGAGAUGGUGCCCCUGUAUGGGGACAUGAUGAUUGCUCCGUACAAUUACAUCAAGAAUGGCCCAAACUACGACUCCUCCAAGUGGCCCGCGUGUGAGUCCAGUCAGCUAAGCCCCCAGUCCAACCUCUUGGGAAGCCUAGAGAUGAUCCGGGAGAGACACAUGCACUACAUCAGCCAACUGGCAAGGCACAACAAUGAGGUAACCACUACGAUGAGAGAGGUGCCACGGUCAGAUCAAGAGAACAGAGAGCUAACAGAGUUGGCUUUGAGAGGCCUGCAGUUGUUGUCCAAGUGGACUCAGCAAGUGAUGGAACUGUAUUCUUGGAAAUUGAUGAACCCGACAGAUCCUCAUGCCAACAAAGAUUGCCCGGAGACAGCUGAAGAGUAUGAGAGGGCCACACGGUACAACUACAGCCGUGAUGAGAAGUUUGCCCUCAUUGAAGUCAUCGCAAUGAUCAAAGGUCUGCAGCUCUUGAUGGCUCGUAUGGAGACUGUCUUCAUGGAUGCCAUUCGACGGCAUAUCUAUACAGAGUUGCAGGAGUUUGUGCAGCACACGCUGAGAGAGCCUUUGCGCAAGGCAAGCAAGAAGAAGACGGAAAUCAUUCGAGUCAUCAUCAUGUCUGUGCGUAGCACCUGUGUGGACUGGAUGCGUGGCACGGAACCGCAAGAUGAUCCUGCUCUCAGUGGAAAAAAGGAUCCCAGCGAUGGGUUCAAAAUUAAAGUGCCGCGGCGCAAUGUCGGACCGUCUUCCACUCAGCUGUAUAUGGUACGCACCAUGCUGGAGUCCCUGGUUGAUGAGCGCGGUGGGGGAAAGAAGAGUCUGCGGCGGGAGAUGGACGAGCACCAUGUCCAAGCUAUUGAAGAGUUCCACAGGAAAUCUUUCUUCUGGAACUAUUUGCUCAACUUUAAUGCUUCCUUGUUUAACUGCUGUGACUUGUCCCAGUUGUGGUACCGUGAGUUUUUCCUAGAACUCACCAUGGGCAAACGUAUUCAGUUCCCCAUUGAGAUGUCCAUGCCAUGGAUUCUGACGGACCAUAUCCUGGAGACAAAGGAGCCCUCAAUGAUGGAAUACAUCCUCUAUCCCCUGGACCUGUAUAAUGACAGUGCCCAGUACGCCCUCAUGAGGUUCCGCAAGCAGUUCCUCUAUGAUGAGGUUGAAGCUGAGGUCAACUUGUGCUUUGACCAGUUUGUCUACAAGCUUGGGGACCAGAUAUUUGCUUACUACAAGCACCUAGCAGGCAGCAUCAUGUUGGACAAGAGGUUCCGUGCUGAGUGCAUGAGCAGCGGAGAAAAGAUCAACUACCCUGUGGCAAACCGCUACCAGACCUUGUUAAAACAACGCCAUGUGCAGCUGCUGGGUCGCUCUAUUGAUCUGAACCGGUUGAUCAGCCAGCUGGUGAAUGCUGCUCUGCAGAAAGCUCUGGACAUCGCAAUUUCUCGUUUUGAGGCUGGAGACAUCACAGGGAUUGUGGAAUUGGAAGGGCUUGUGGAAGUGAACCGAUUGGCACACAAACUGAUGGGCGAAUACCUGGUACUGAAUGACUUUGAUGCCAUGCUGAAGGAGGCCAAUCACAAUGUGAGCGCGCCAUAUGGUCGCAUCACGCUGCAUGUCUUCUGGGAGCUCAACAUGGAUCUGCUUCCAAGCUACUGCUACAACGGUUCAACUAACAGAUUUGUGAAGACCAAGAUAGCAUUUGGCAAAGAGACAAAGCGUGAGAAGCCUCCCAACCCCUCUGUGCACUACAUCUGGGGCACAAAGCGUCUGAACCAUUCGUUCAGCACCAUCUUCAGCUUGUACUCUGGCUUUGUGGGCGCCCCUCAUUUCCGUGCCAUCUGUCGACUGUUGGGCUAUCAAGGCAUCGCUGUGGUUAUUGAGGAGCUGUUAAAGACUGUUGAGAGUUUCGUGAAAGGCACCACUGCUGACUAUGUGACCACACUGAUGAAGGUGAUGCCAGAGCAGUGUAAACUUUUACGCUUUGACUAUGGGUCACCAGGUGUAAUGGGCUACUACCAGGCCCAGCUGAUUGACUUGAUCCAGUACACAGAUCUGAGAACCGGAGUGUUCCAGAGCUUCCGUGAGAUUGGCAACGCCGUCCUCUUCUGCCUCUUAGUGGAGCAGGCUCUGACACAAGAAGAGGUCUAUGACUUGAAACAUGCUGCUCCUUUCCAGAAUGUUAUUCCCAAACCUUACAUCCCUGCUCGAGAGGGACGUGACAGAGAGACUGAGGCAAAAAGCGUUAUGAAGCAGUUGGAGAAGAAGUAUGCAGCUCUGCAAGUUGUGUCCGUGAUCAAAAAGCUUGGAAACAAAGCACAAGCUCACAUUGCCAGCGAUGGCGACCUGUUGACCCGAGAGCGACUGUGCUGUGGUCUGUCUAUCUUUGAAAUUGUUCUGAAGCGCAUUGAGUCCUUCCUGACUAGUCCAGUGUGGCACGGUCCUGCUCCAGCCAAUGGUGUCAUGAACGUGGACACCUGUACAGAGUUCCACCGCUUGUGGUCGGCUAUCCAGUUUUUCUACUGCAUUCCUGUGGGGGAACAUGAAUAUACUAUUGAGGAGCUGUAUGGAGAGGGACUCAACUGGGCUGGUUGUACGCUCAUCAUGUUGCUUGGACAGCAACGUCGCUUCGAGGCUCUUGACUUCUGCUAUCAUCUACACAAGGUCAACCGUGUGGACAUGAAAGAUGAGAACAUCAAAGGCAUUCAACUGAAGAAAAUGGUGGAGAGAAUUCGCAAGUUUCAGAUCCUGAACAACCAGAUCUUCUCAGUGCUGAACAAGUACUUGCGCAGCACAGACAGUGAGGCCAUGCCCACGGAGCACGUUCGCUGUUUCCCCCCACCCAUACACCAGUCGUUGGCCACAGCCAUCUGAUGAAUUUUUUGGCAGAAAGUGACAGACAGACAAAUGCUUUGGGGAGCCCUGCUUGUUAACUGCCGUGUGGAAAGCACAGAGGACCAGAUAAUUACAUAGAUGAAAGGUUACAUGAUGCACAAAGUUCUCAUAUUUUUUUUCCUAUGCUUGUUCUAUCUGCACAGCACUGAUUACUUUAACUUUGAGUGCUCAGAAUCAUUUUAACUGAAUUGCCCAUUACUCUGGAAUUAACUUACUUGUCUCUUUCCGCACCUCUUGCCGGAAUCCAGGCCGAGCGCAUAUGUCCUGUCCUGCACCCCUUGCGGGAUCAUUAUUAAAAAUGGGAAAGCACUUCUAGUUCACCUCAUAAAUUGCGGGAAAUGCCACGGCAAAUAUCAUUUACUUUCUACUUAUGGAAACUUCAUUUCAGAUCUUUUUUAAUGGAAAUAGCUUUUGUGUAGCAGAUGAUUUUGGAAACUCACGUCAACCACUUUGUAAUGUUUUCCUUCUGUCACUGCUGUCAAGAAGUUGGGGUUUGUUUCGAAUUCGAAACAAACGGCUCUGUUUUGACAUUUU